AUGGAUCUACACGGGCUUUGCCUCGAAAUCGGAAAUGCGGACUCGGGUUCUCGACAUCCAAAGAUAGCGUUCUUUGUCUCGCCUUCCCAGGCUCCACAUAUCACAUCUGUGAUCUACGAUCUGCCUAUUCCGUACGUUGUACGUUACAGCCUUACAGAAAAUCGAGUGGAGGGAUACAACGUACCUAGGCCUCGCCCGCUCAAAGUUGUACUACCUUAG